GACAUCGAGAAUUACAGAGAUAAGUUCAAGACUUUUGAUGGCGAUCAAUCUGGCGAAAUCGACAGACAGGAGUUCUCGGCCCUGAUGUACUCCCUGACGAAGCUGAAGCCGGGUGCAAUUCCUGCCCAGCGCAUGCAGGGGUGGUGGCGCGCCGCAGACACUGACGGCAACGGUUCCAUCAGCUUCGGGGAGUUCGUCAAUUUCCACCAGAAGUUCUUCAGCGCGCCCGACGCCUCCGGGAAGACCGACCUGGCCUUCUACUACGGCCAGACGGCAAGACGGCCCUCCUCUCGGGCGGCCGACGCCAACUGCUACAGCCGCCCGUCCUCUCGCGCCUGCUACAGCCGGGGGCCGGAGGCCGACUCGCGCCCGGGCUCCCGCGCCUCGACCACGCGCAGAUGA